CUCGUCCCUUGACCUUGAGACCCCAGGGCCCUCUUUUUAUUUUUUUCUCUCUGCCCAUUCCCUGUAAGUGACAAGCCAAGCACUGAUUUCAUUGAUUGACUGACAUACGCGGAACGGACUCUGGUUGACGGGAGGCGCCUGCACCUUCCACAGCCAACGGCGCAGACGGGAAGACUGAGCAAUUACUAACCUUGCGAAGGUACCUACCUCCUGUAUCUGGAAAGAAACACCACCUCCACUUCUCCUACUUUACUUCCUCCUCUCCCCUACCUUCCUUCUCUAUCCCUUUCCUCCCCUUCAUCCUCAUCCUCCUCCUCAGUCGCAAGGAGUACGUACCACUGGUUGUGAGAGACUCAACAACCAGACACAAUAAUCUCGCUUGAUUGUGAGCUCCAACUCGACUUGCGGCGCGGUUCAUCCCAACGACUGGACUGAUUCGAUUCCUUGCCGUCACAUAUCACCACCCUCAACAAAAUGGAAGCCGUCAACGCUACGUCCAGCGGCUUCUCGUCCGUUCUGGCCGGCACCAAAUACGUCAAUGUCGCUCUUCCUCCUCAGGUCGAAUAUGUUAUCGAAGCUGUUUCGAAUGCCGGCGUCUGGACUUGGGUAUUCACUUUCAUCGCUCUUUGCGUUGCGUAUGAUCAGAUUGCCUACAUCAUCAGGAAAGGUCCCAUUGAGGGCCCGGCUAUGAAACUUCCCUUCAUCGGCCCAUUCCUCGACUCUAUGGAUCCUCGAUUCGACGGUUAUCAUGCUAAGUGGAGCAGCGGUCCCCUGAGCUGUGUUUCUAUCUUCCACAAGUUCGUCGUUAUUGCUUCCACUCGUGACAUGGCUCGCAAGGUCUUUAACUCACCCGCCUAUGUCAAGCCCACUGUUGUCGACGUUGCUCCUAAGCUUCUUGGACACGACAACUGGGUGUUCCUCGACGGAAAGGCUCACGUUGAUUUCCGCAAGGGUCUCAACGGUCUCUUCACCCGCAAGGCCCUGGAGAGCUAUCUGCCUGGCCAGGAGGAGGCUUACAACACUUACUUCAAGCAUUUCCUCAAGAUGACUAAGGAUGCCGGCGGCAAGCCUGUCCCUUUCAUGCACGAGUUCCGCGAGGUCAUGUGCGCUGUCUCUUGCCGCACCUUUGUUGGUCACUACAUCUCCGACGAGGCUGUCACCAAGAUCGCCGAGGAUUACUAUCUCAUCACUGCUGCUCUCGAGCUUGUCAACCUCCCCGUUAUCCUUCCUUAUACCAAGUCUUGGUAUGGCAAGAAGGCCGCUGAUAUGGUUUUGGCCGAAUUUUCUAAGUGUGCCGCCAAGAGCAAGGUUCGCAUGGCCGCUGGCGGUGAAGUCACUUGCAUCAUGGACGCCUGGGUUUUGUCAAUGAUCCAGUCUGAGCGCUGGCGUGAGGCCGAGGAGAAGGGGGAGGGACACACCGUCGAGAAGCCCGCUCCUCUUCUCCGCAUGUUCAACGAUUACGAAAUCUCUCAGACCAUCUUCACCUUCCUCUUCGCUUCUCAGGAUGCCACCAGCAGCGCCGCUACUUGGCUCUUCCAGGUCACCGCCCAGCGACCCGAUGUCCUCGACCGUGUCAGAGAGGAGAACAUCAAGGUCCGCAACGGUGACCCUAACGCGCCUAUCACCAUGGAUCAGCUCGAAUCUCUUACCUACACCCGCGCUGUUGUCCGAGAGCUUCUUCGAUGGCGCCCUCCUGUCAUCAUGGUUCCCUACGUCACCAAGAAGGCCUUCCCCCUGACCGAGAACUACACCGUUCCCAAGGGCUCAAUGUUGAUCCCCACCACUUUCAUGGCUCUCCACGAUCCUGAAGUCUAUGACAACCCUAGCCACUUCGACCCCGAACGAUACUACAGCGGCGAUGCUGAGGAGAAGGGUUCCAAGAACUACUUAGUUUUUGGUACCGGACCUCACUACUGCCUUGGACAGGUGUACGCUCAGCUGAACCUGGCUCUCAUGAUCGGAAAGGCUUCAGUCAUGCUUGACUGGAAGCACCACGCAACCCCUAAGUCUGAGGAGAUCAAGGUCUUUGCCACCAUUUUCCCAAUGGUACGUACUCGUUACAGGGCAAUACAAUGCAAUAAUGACUGACUUUGAAAUAGGACGACUGCCCCCUCACCUUUGAGGAGAGGAAGUGGUAAACGGUACGGAAGAAUUUGGUCGACACUAGGUCAAAUACAGACCGUUUGGCACGAUUCGGGCAUCCCUGAUGCACAGGGCAGUGCGGUUGCAGCCCAAGUGUGUCUGAUGAGGGAGGCCGAAAGAAUGAUCAAGGAAGAUGGCUGUGAAUGGCUUAAGCUUCCAAUGAAGAUAAAACAAGAGAUCAACUGUUGGCGUAUGAUAAGCUACAGGAAACUUCUCUGGAGGAGAUGAAGCUUGAAGAGCCGGCAAAACAGCCCAAUGUGGAUGGAAAGGGCAAUUAUGAUGGAUAACAGUUUUAAUACCUAUUCUCGGUGUAUAUAGUUGGCUGCCCGAGGGCAUUUGGGACCGCAAGGUCAUAGAGAUGAUUGCCAUGAUUGGAAGUGGCAUUUGGACAGCGAAUAGCAAAAGAUUUCCAAAACAUAUCAGAUG